AUGAAUGCACCACGCACGCCAGGCGCAGUCCCGCGUAAAUCACAUCUUACACUCUCAACAAAACAGUUUACAAAGAUCACGGGGACGAUUGCGAGCGUACGCAAGAGUCGACAGCCAGUUGGAAAUGACAUCGACGAGGACGAAGAAGUACACGUAAAUGGCACGCGUCGGACGAGCCAUAUUUCUGUCGACCUCGCAAAGGAACCCUCUUUCAUUGCAGAGCAAAGCUUUAUCAGGGCACCGCUCAAUUCACGCGUCGCGUCGCGUAUUGUGCCCGCCAAAGGUGGAAAGGCGAGAGCGGACCCACUCGAUGGCGUCCCGCUCGAUAUCCAAGAGGCAAUGAUACUCGAAGACCUCCUUUUCGUACUCAUGGGCAUCGAAGGCAUUCACAUCACCUACAAUGUCGACGAGUUUCCAGAAGACGAUGAUGGUCUUCUCAAGGGUGUACAGUUUGUUAUUUCACCCCAACUUGACCCUUCUCUACGCGAUUUGGUUGAACGAAUUAUCCCACUUGCUACGUACUAUACCUCGAUAUCGGCCUUUGUGGAGAUUCGGAGCCAUCUCGACUAUGGCCUCGUCAAUCAUGCGCUAUGCGCUGCAAUCAGGGACAUGCUCAAGGAUUAUCAAACACUGUUAUCCCAAUUAGAACACUCUUUCAACUCUUCAUCCUCCUUUACCUUGCAAAAACUAUGGUUCUACAUCCAUCCGACGCUGCACACCAUGUCCUUGAUCUAUUCGCUCGUCUGUGAGCUCAGCCAAGCCGACUCGACCCCAGAGGAAGAUAGCUCGAGCUCUUCAGACGAAGACGAUGCACUCAACGAACAACUCGGUCUCGCCUCUGGUCUCAAAGCUGUCAAGCUUAGCGAGAUGGAAAUCGGAGGCGGCGGCAUCGUCAAAGGAGGCGAGGUAGUUGCCAUUCUCUGGGACCGAAUGCAGAAUAUGAGCGGUGAUCCGACAGCAUACAAGCUCUAUGGCAAAUUGUUCCAAGCAGCGGGCAAACCGUUUGCAUCCCUUUUGGAACGAUGGAUCCGGACAGGUCUUCUAAACGAUCCAUACGAGGAGCUCAUGGUCAAGGAGAGCAAAUUUAUCAACCGGGGUACGCUCGAGAUGGACUAUACAGACGAAUACUGGGAAAGAAGAUAUACGUUGCGAGACGGCUCGAGUCUCUCCGCUCCUUCAAAGCGACACCAAGCUGGUGUGCCUCCUCCGAGAACACCUGGAGGACGUUUGCCAGGCGGAGCAUGUAUACCGCCGUUUAUCGAGAGCUGGAAACACAAGAUCCUUCUUGCGGGCAAGUACCUCAAUGUGAUUCGUGAAUGUGGGAUCGAGAUCAAAGGCGACUCACAGCGCCGAGAAGAUUGGGAUAUGAGCAACGAAAAGUUCUACAAGGAGAUUGAAGAUGCAUACACAUAUGCCAACAGGACGCUACUCAAGCUCCUCAUGGAUGAUCAGCAUUUGAUUCCUCGGUUGCGGUCUCUCAAGCACUUUUUCUUCCUCUCCCAAGCGUCCUUCCUGACCCAUUUUAUGGAUCUUGCCUCAUCUGAACUCCGAAAACCCGCCAAAGGCGUCUCGCUCGUGAAACUCCAGUCCUUGCUCGACUUGUCACUCAAUAGCGGCGAGUCGUUUAGCUACAAAGAAGACGUCAAGGUCACUAUGGCUAACAGCGGUCUUUACGAAUGGCUGCUCAAGGUAGUCAGUGUCAGUGGCGCCUUGGGAGGGGAUGCGGAGGAGCUCGCUGGAGGGAUAGGAGCAGCUUCUGUGGGCGCCAUGUCGACGGUAGAUCAUGCCGACGAGACUGGCAAAGAAAAGGAUAAAAAUAAGAAAGACUUGCAAGGGAUUGAUGCUCUCACAUUGGAUUAUACUGUCCGCUUCCCGCUCUCACUCGUCAUUUCCCGCAAAACGAUCCUCCGAUAUCAACUCAUCUUUCGGUUCCUGCUUCAUCUCAAACACGUCGAACAAAUGCUCACGUCGAUGUGGGUCGACCACAAGGCUCCGAACUGGCGCGUAGAUACGUCGGAAUAUGCAGAGUUUACUCAGUGGCGUCUACGAGUGUUCGUACUACGCGCGCGUAUGCUAGCGUUUGUACAGCAGAUCCUGGCAUUUGCAACCGUCGAGGUCCUCGAGCCGAAUUGGAGAAAGCUCGAAGCCAAACUUAACAAAGUCACCACGGUCGAUCAACUCUUGAGGGAUCAUGUCGAUUUUUUGGAUACCUGCCUCAAGGAAUGCAUGCUCACGAGUUCGAAACUCUUACGAGUUUAUUCUCGAAUGCUCGUCACAUGCUCGACAUUUGCGCUUUAUUCGGGACACUUUUCCAAGUCAGUCAACCAAGGUGUGGUUGCAAUCUCCCAAGGCGAUGGGGAUCCUUCAGCAGUGCCUAUGCAAAAACGGUGGGAGUUUUUGGGUCGAUUCGAGACCAACUUUACGCACUUUUCCAAAGUCCACCACGAUUGCGUCCAAUUCUACGCGUCGAGCGAGAAUGUCGCAUUGCUCUCUCUUGUUGUGAGGUUGGAAAACGUGAGGACAACUGCACAACCUCAGACUGUUUGA